UCCUUCGCAAACAGUCAUGAGCAGCACAUCACUGUGGAAAAAAUCAUUCAAAAUGGUGGCAGUCGCGUUCGUCGGGUCGUGUUUGUAAAUUUUAUUUUUGUCUUUCCUUAUUUUGGGAACAGAAAUAUCAAUAUUCUUUGAAAAGAUAUUUCAAACUAAAAAAACUAAACAUUAUGCAAAAGUUAAAAUGAAACUUAUCGACCUUUUUACUCCACCGAUAAAGCCUCAGUGUUAAAAUUCAGUUUUUAAUUUAUGUUUCGAGACAAAUUUGAGUGCAAUUCAGGCCAAAUUUCUUCGCCCCCUACAAAAUAAAAUACAAAAAAAACAUUGAAGGUGUGUUCGUUGUAACUUAAAGUUUGAAACUCUUCUACAUCUGCUAAACACCUAUCACCUAUCAAAGUGUCAAUGUUUUUAUGUGUCUAUUUUGUGUAUCUCAAUAGAAUCAGAUAUAAUACUCGUAUAUAUGCAUCUCUUUAAAUGUUAAGCAUCAAAAGUUUGCAUUUAAAAUGAAAAACUUAUAAAUUAUGCUAUCAAUGUUUUGAAUAUAUAAUUUGUAGCAAGUAAGCAUAUACUCGUAAAUAGAAAAAUUGUAAACAUAAAUUCCCAAGUGGAAGAACUAAGGCCGAGACGGGGCAGAGCUGGAGGUAGCGAAGACGUCAGACGGACUAGAAGAAGACUUUUCAAUAUGGCUCCUUUUAAAUUGAAAUUUCGGAUGGGCAGCUCACGAAGCACCUCCCAAGAAGUCGAUUCAGAUCCUCAGGUUAACGAAGCUCUCCUCAAUCAUUCGACUACGAUUGGAGCUAGUAGUUCGACAAUUGAUUCGGCCGACUGCACGAGUUUGGGAUCAAUGGGCAAUGAAAGGAAAUCUUUGCUGCCAAACAAAACUAAUAAUUUACGAUUGGGAUAUUUGAAUCCCACCAUAACCCAGUGCACAUCAGAAAGUCCUGUACCAAAAAGCCCACCGCCUUCUUACGAACACGUUCUCGAGGAAAACACACGCCUUGCAAAUAGUCUUGACUUAGGUAGUCGACUGACUUUGUCCGCCGAAGACGGUUGUAACAGUCGUGAGAGUGGGGAUCAAUCAUCAAACAUUAAAAAGAGCACAUCGGGAAGGACCUCGUGUGAGCAGAUAGCAAACCAAUGCACAGAUCCUGAUUGCACUGAGAACACAGAAUCGAAUGAACAUAUCGCUGAGGACGCCCACAACAACAAUCAACAAAGUCAGAACCAGAAUCAUUGCCGACAAAACAACGACGAAGACGACGAUAACGAACCUGACAAUCGCAAGGAAUCAAUUGAUUCGACUGAAUAUUUAAUUUCUAGAAUGACGGCACCUUCGUCAGAGGAAAAUUUGUUAGAUGGUUGUAGUGGAAGUGCCUGUCAUAGUUCGGAUAACUCAGGAUUUUGUGAUCCUUUGAUGCACGAAUCCCAUCAUAACCAAAACAACCAGCAACAGGACCUGGAUUGCAGUAAUCAUGAUGACUCACAAAAUCAACCUCCACCAGAGUACUCAGAGAACCAGGAGAAUCAGCAAAGUGACAGCGAAAGUGAUGGUGGCUGGGACUCGAAUCAAAUGAGUCAAAUGAGCGGAAACUACUCGCAGCAGCAGGAGCGUUCGGAAAUCAUAAGUAACAAAUCAUCGAAGGAAAUCUACAAAGCCAUUUCCAAGCAAUGGGGAAUUACGUGCAAAAUGUCGGAUCAGUGUCGCUGCAUGGAGUGUCAAAGUCACUAUUUCGAUUGCGAGUAUGAUGAUGUAUGUGAAAAUGAACAUCAAAAAACAGAUGGCGGACUUGGGGCUGGCGCGCCAAUGUUUAUUAGUGAAGUUAUGCAAGGAUCAGCCUGCACGAUUUUGUAAUUACUGCAUUAAAAACAUAAGACACAAUUUUAUCCUGUUUACAAUGCGAAUUAAGAAAACCAAACAAAAAAUAUGAAAAAAUUUAUAUCGUAGAUAUGAAAACAGAAAUCAUUGACAUUUAACACUUAACAAUGAUGGAAAUAUUGCCUAUUGCACGACGAUUUCAUUAUAUAUUAUUAGUAAUUAAUUUUAGGUAAAUUGCACUGAACAUGAACAAUUAUUAUUAUAACUUGGUCAUCAUACAAGACAAACAAAAGAAAAUAAGAUUAGUAUUCGAAAAUAAAGCAGAAUGCUAAAACGGAUAUUUACUUAAAGUUAAGGUGCGUAUUGAAUAGUAGACUUAUUUUUUCAAAUUCGAACAAUUGUUUUAAUAAACUUUAAUCUUCUUAUUGAAUUGAACUAUAAUUACAUUUAGCAUUUAUAAUUUAUAACCAUAUACAAUUGGGUUUUAAAUAAUUAUGAUGUCGUUUUUUCAGGACAUUGCAAAAUUGACUUUAAGUGAAUAUCCUUUUAAAUUCUUAUCUACCAAGUCUAUAUUUUAAUUGAAAAACAAAUCAUACAAUCUAGCAUACUUGCACAAAAAUAAAUGAGAGAAGAUAUUUUUUGAACUAAAACAAAAAGUAAAAUGCCAAAAUUAAAAUACAACUGAUACUCGUAUCUACCCGCACAACAUAACACAAAGCCCACCUGAAAAUUAAGUUGAUUUUAUUUGGAUCUGAGAACUUUUGUACACUCAUUAUAAAAGUCACAAUCAUCCUGACUUGGCUUAGCUUUUUUUCUAACAAAAAUUAUUUUGCGUUAGCAAGUUUAUUAAAAAGGAAUAGCAGAGUGGCAGAUGUCAAGAAUUGAACCAAGAUUUAUUCAAGACAUUUUUUUGUAUACAUCACCAGCAUCCUUAAUAAGACUUCUUUAUAAAUUUUAAUGCAUAGCUUUAAACAAAAUGUAAUCAACCUAUUACAAGUUUAUUAAAAUGAUUUCCCUUAAAGUAAAACAAAACUGGCUGUAAGUUUUAACACUGCUUAUUGUGUUGUUUACUGUGUAAUUUGUGUAUUUAAAGGACUCAAUGUUUAUUUUUAAGAAUCAAGGAUGCUUGUUACCACUAAGUAAAACGAGCCAAGGCUCGUUAAAAGAAUUUCAAAAAUAAUUUGCUUGUUUUUCAAAUUUAAAAAUGAAUCCAAUUUGAAAUUUGAGCUAUGAGAUAUGAACCUUCACUCGUUACAAAAAAUUUCCAUGGGUACAUAAUAAUUUUCAAAACAAAGAGCUUAAUAACCACAUUUUUUAACAGUUUUUAUUAUCUAGUCUUUAUUUUAAAGAAUUCAUUAAUUAAAAAAAGAAAAAAAGUAAUAUCUUUCUCAGCCAAAUUUAUUCAAAAUACAAAGAAAACAAUGUGUAUGUUUAAAAUUAAAUAUUAAAAUUUAAAUAUUUUAAAAAUAAAAUUAAAUAAAUUGCAAAAAAGAAAAACAUUUAAUAUUCAAAAUCAAAUCAUAAUCGUAUAUAUAUUUUUACAUAAUAAAGAAAAAAAAAAAAACAAAAAACCAAAAAAAGAUUAUAUCUUGUUUCUAAGAAAAAAUCUAAUCAAUUUGUCAUUUUAAACAGUUUCUCUUUACAAAGCAAAAUAAUUCAAAUUCUUAAUUUGUUCAUCAAAUACAAACCAAAAAAAAAACAAAUAAAUCCAGAAACGUUAAAUGAAAUACAAUGAAUAAAAAAAAUACAACAAAACAAUUUAACAAUUACGUAAAAAGACUUUACGACGGCCUUUUUGUAAAAUUAUAAGAAAUAAAAUUAUAUUUCUUAUUUGAUAUUAGAAAUUAGAAACAAAAAAAAUAUAAAAACAAAAAUAAAAUUUAGCAAAUUAAGACAAAUUCAGCUCGUACUAUAACAUUAUGAAAUGCAGAAAAUAUACAACGUUCUCUAAAACGAAUUAACUACAACGUUAAGUUAACUUAUAGUAAAAAACAAUGAAAUAAAAUUAAAAAAAAAAUUAAAAAUUAAAUAUUUUGUGUUCUCAGACAAACAAAAAAGUUAAAAUCGAUCAUGUAUACCAAUUUUAAUUCGAAAACAGAGGCAAACACCAAAUCACAAAGUUAUAAAAUAGAAGAAGUGCUAAAUUUUUAGAUUUAGACAGUGUACCUAUUCUUAGAGAACAGAAAACCAAAAACCUUGCAACAACAAAUACAAAAGAAUACAACAACAAAAAAACUAAUGAUAAUUAUUGUGACACAAAGUUAGAAAUUAAAUAAAAUGCUGAUCCUUAAACAAGA